UGUUGACGUGCGUAAAGUGAAAGUGUCACGUCGGCCGAUUCGCUGUCAGUAAUAUUUUUGUUCCGAUAUAAUUUUCUUAUUGACUGCUUAUUGGUACGGAAAUAACGCUAGUUUUGAAAAAGUAGGAAAAUAAUACCUAUAACUUGUUUUAUGAAAAUUAUCUUACGUGUAUAAAACAGUUGGUUAAGGACAAGAUAUCUCUGAUCUAGGUUAUUGCCGGGAAAAAUGGGUGUUAAGCCUGCAAUUGGAAGAAAAUCUAACAAAAACCCACCUAUAUUUAGCCAUGAAUUUGUGAUUCAGAAUCACGCAGAUAUAGUGUCAUGUGUGGUUAUGGUUUUCCUGGUUGGACUGAUGGUUCAGUCUACGAGUCCCAUCGCGAGUUUAUUCAUCAGUCUGCACCAUAAUGUCAGUGGCGUUGAGCCUACGAGAGAAAAUCCUAAGGGUGAGCCUUUCUCGUACGAAGCGGGUUGGAAAGAUUCCUGCGCGGUGUUCUUCUACUCUCUGGUGUGCAUCGUGAUGCAUGCAAUCCUUCAGGAAUACUUUUUGGACAAAAUAUCAAAGAAGUUCCACUUGUCAAAAUCAAGAUUGAGUUCGCUGAAUGAGUCUGGUCAGCUGGUUGUGUUUCAUUUGGUGACCUUGCUAUGGGGAGGUGAUGCUAUUCUUCGUGAAGGAUUUGCAUUCAACAUUUCACAGCUGUGGGAUGGGUACCCUAACCACCCAAUGAGCUUCCUUCUGAAACUAUGGUGGAUCGUCCAGGCCGCAUACUGGCUCCACACUCUCCCCGAACUGUACUUCCAACGCAUCAAGAAAGACGAGUGGGCUGGCCGUAUCCGCCAAGCUCUCAUUGCAUUCACUUUGGUGGCCCUGGCUUAUGGCUUCAAAUUCCAGCGUGUUGGCGUCAGCUUGGUUGUCCUGCACUCCGUAGCUGAGUUUGUGUCACACGCCUACCGCCUUAACGUCAUCCUGAGGGGCGAGCGAGAGGACUUCAUUGAGAAAUUCGGUCGGGUGAUGAACGGCGCGGUGUUCGUGCUGGUGCGGCUGGCGUCGCUGGUGCUGGGCGUGCUCACGUUCUACUUCGGGCUGGCCGGCGCCGCGCCGCUGCUGCUCCGCGUCGGCGCGCUGUCGCUGCUCGUCUCCUUCCAGGUUUAUCUCAUGUUCAACUUCAUCUCUGAAGCCAUAAAGCAGAGGCAAGAGGCCCGUCAGUUGGCCCUGAACAGGCCGAAAAAGGAAAAGAAAGAUAAACCUAAAAAAGAAAAGGUAAAGAAAGCGCCCGUCGAAGAAUCCGAUCUGCCGGAGGUGGAUCAGAACACGAACAAAACUCUGAGGCAGCGCCAGGCCGCCGCCAAGGCCAAGUGAAGCCCGCCCGGUAGCCCAUAGACCUGCACUUCCGAACCGAGACGCCAAACGGCCAUCACUGCAUAUUCUGAAAGCGUUUACAAUUCGACACUGACAUGACGAAAUAGUUGUUGUAGAAGAAAACAUUGUAUUGACUAUUCCUACGCAACCCACGGGUUAUCUCUGUAAAAUUACACCAUGACAUAAUUAAACGUCGCAAACCAUUUGUGGGAGAUAUUUUUGUAAAGGUUUGGAGAAGUGACGAACAUUUGAAGUGCACGUCAGGGCUAGACCUAGUUCAAUGAAGGUUGUCCUCAUCCCGUUGUAUCUCAGUCUUUCCACUACAUAACGAGUCUUUCAUUUUAUUCUUCCUAUAUUGAUGUAACUAUUAUACAACGUUGUGUUGUCAACGAGUCAGAGCACAAACUAUACCUAUCUGUACCUGCUUCGAAAUUUUAAAAAUAUUUUACCAAUCAUUCACAGAAAAUUAUACCCCAGUCUUGAUAAUAAUGAAAACAAGACUCGUCAAGAAAUGUGUUGCGUUGAGUUGUUAGGUAGGUAUAUUCUACGUAAAUGUGCCGUUUCUUUUCUCAAGUCAUGAUUUGGAUAGCAAAAUGUACUGUCAUAUAAAAGUAUAGUGGAUACAGGGUUGUAAAAUAUCUCCUAAAGUGUAAAAAUAAAUGUAAUAGGUUAAAAUGUUGUUUAUAUGAAUAUAUUGAUAAGGAUUACGAGGUACUGUGUGUUCAACACUUUAAACGGAGGAACUGCAUAAUUAAUUUGCAUUUUUAAUAUACAUUUGUCAAGAAUUCCAAUAUUGAGUUGAUUUAAUAUAUUCGUAAUUAUUUUUGUAAUGCGGAUUACUUUUUAUUACAUAAGUUCGUUUAUUUUUGUGACUAUUUUAUUCUGUAACAUUCGAAGUAAAAAUUGUUUUGGUGCUCUCGAGAUUUUAAUUUAUGAAACGAGGUUUUAGGCUUUGUAGUAGAUUGCUCUGUUGCCGACCGCGGACGAGCUCGCUGGGGAGCAUUCUGUUACGCCAUGAGAUUCAAUCCAUGUUUGUUGUUAUGUAUGUGAACAUUGUGAACUAAAGCAUUGUGAAAUUAUUCUUCCUAAUGUGAAUUUUGUGCUCACAAUUUAUAGUUAUUAUUUUCACAUGAAUUGUCAAUUUUAAAAAGCUUGAUGUUAUUUUUAUUUCAGAAUAAAUUUUGUAACAAUAA